AUGACAGACUACUUCAUCUACGAAAAUCGUCUGGUGUCUUUUGAUGGGCAGCCCCUGGCAAACAAAGAUGGGAUACCUCCCGCUGAUUCCCGAGGCAAGCUGGUAAAAUGGCCACACAAGUCUUUGUCAGCGGAUGAGCUCGCAAAAGCCGGGUUUUACUUUGAUCCCAUGGUCAUUAGUCCCGACAAUGUAACAUGCUUUUUGUGCGAGAAUUCCUUUGAUGGCUGGACGCCUGGAGACCAUCCAAUCCAAGAACAUCUGAAACAUUCACCAUUUUGCGGCUGGGCUGUGACGGCAGCGGUCGAAGCGAAUCUUGGAGACUAUGGGAAGAUGCACCCUCUGGAACCGAUUCUUGUCGAUGCGCGGAAGGCUACCUUUGGGGGGAAGUGGCCAUACGAAUCCAAGAGGGGAUUCAAGUGCAAGUCAAAGCAAAGACGACAACCUCAAUGUGCGUUUUUCCGUCUUCAGGAGGAAUUACCACCACCGAAGAAGCCCACGAAAAGAGCCAAAACAGCCAGGACAUCCAAGGUCGCCCACCGCCUUUCUGUCCAGCCUGUCGGCAUCCCCACUGCAGAAACCUUGGAUCAAGUAUCCGCCUCAGACACCGCGGGCGGCCUUGAGGAUACCAUCAUGGCGCCAACCACGCGAGCAGCAAAGAGCAAAAAGGCAACUACUAGGAGUCGAAAAGCGAAAGCCCAGAAGAAGGGAGCAGAGCCCAAGGAAACCUUAAAGGACAAACCAGCAGACGAACAAUUGGCUGCUGAAGAACCACCAAGUGGACGGAAGCGGGGAAGCGAGUCGAUUUCCGACUCUGUGGACUCCAACUCGGAGGCGCCUCCGCAGAAGAAGCGGGCAACACGAACAGGAGGAGCUGCGAUUACUGAUGUUUCCACUUCAGCCGUGGAAUCACAGGACAAUGACAUUGUCGAUGCACCAUCUCCCAAACAAACAGCUACCCGCAAGAGAGCGCCCGCCAAAGGAACACAGAACUUGCGGAAAAGCUCACGAGUUUCUCUCCGGCACUCACAUUCGACAACAGCGCCGCAGACGGAUUUGUCGAAUGAUGAGGCCGUCGAUCGUCAGAUGGAAAGUGAUGACGCCGAUAUUGGUCCAGGACGCAAAGCGCAGGAUGCAAAAUCACAACAGGAAGCGAUUGCUGAGGAUCCAAUCCAUGCAUCCGACAUCCCCCUCCCCAAAGAUAGUCGCAAAGUAGCUGCUCAGAGGAGGAUGUCUAAGCAAGCGAAAAGGAUCCAACAGUCUCUUCCAUUAUCCGAUCCUAUCGACGAACUGACGAACGGACCUACUGCUGUGCCCGAAGCUACAUCUAUAGUGCCUCAAAUAGCAGAGCCCGAGCUAGGAUCUGGAGAGGAUCUUGAUAUAACCUUGGUCUCAAAAAGUAGCGACCGACCCAGUACGGUCAAGCGGGGAAGAGGACGCCCAUCAAAAAAGUCUACAUCUUCCCAUGCGCCAAGCGAAGUGGCAGAGCAGCAGCGAACUUCAUCUGGGAUCCCGCUUCCGGAGGCCCAAGCCCCGGUCGAGACCCAGGCUGAGCCUGAAACUGAGCGCCGCUUAUCAGCUUCAACUCCGAAAGAGGCGGGCGUUGAAGCGGCAGCAGAAGAGCCGGUUCCGGAACCUACGCCCCGGGCCUCCCCUCUAAGAGCGGCCGUUACUCGUGCUGCGCCGACACCAGCCAAACUGAACAAGUCUCUUCCUCCGCCGCCAUCUGAGUCCCCAGAUCACCUGUCUCAGCCGCUUGCUACACCUCAGGCACCUACAGUCGCGCGUGUACCUCAAGAACAGCCAAGUGUCUACCGCUCGCCUUCAAUGCAAUCCUCAAAUGCAGAGAACCGACCCCCAUCGCCGAAGCAAUUGACCCCAAUUGUCGAACGUCAUGCUCUAGCACCAAUGGCCACCACACCAGACAGGCCCACUUCUCCUUCCAAACGGACGAUUCUGGGUGCCCUUCAAAGCACUAAGCCUUGGACCGCGGCGGAUUUAGACAAUAUAUUCUCGCCCAACAAGAAUGACUACGGCAAGGAAGACGGCAUUGACAAACUCUUGCACAAGGGCAGUGAGCUCACGAGCCCGGAGAAGCGGAUGACCGUGGAGGAGUGGAUCUAUCAUAAUGCCAGCUUGGCCGAGCAGAGACUGAAGAGGGAAUGCGAGGAGAUGGUCCUGCUGUUUGAGAAGCAGGGUGCUAGAGCGAUGGAAGCUUUGGAGGGGCUUAUCGUCGAGUAGUGGGUGAGUGGCACGACCCUUGGGCACCAGAUUAUCAGCAU